CGGGCGCAGCGCCGCGGCCCGAGUCCCGGCCAGUGCCUCCGCUUCCGGCUCGAAGUGCUCUCCCCACGCCCGCCCUCAGUAUGUCCGAGACUGCGCCCGCCGCGCCCGCCGCUCCGGCCCCCGCCGAGAAGACGCCCGUGAAGAAGAAGGCCCGCAAGUCGGCGGGCGCCGCCAAGCGCAAGGCGUCCGGGCCCCCGGUGUCCGAGCUGAUCACCAAGGCCGUGGCCGCCUCCAAGGAGCGCAGCGGGGUGUCGCUGGCCGCGCUCAAGAAGGCGCUGGCGGCCGCCGGCUACGACGUGGAGAAGAACAACAGCCGCAUCAAGCUGGGCCUCAAGAGCCUGGUGAGCAAGGGCACCCUGGUGCAGACCAAGGGCACCGGCGCCUCGGGCUCCUUCAAGCUCAACAAGAAGGCGGCGGCCGGCGAGGCCAAGCCCAAGCCCAAGAAGGCGGGCGCCGCCAAGCCCAAGAAGCCCGCCGGGGCGGCCAAGAAGCCCAAGAAGGCGACGGGCGCCGCCACCCCGAAGAAGGGCGCCAAGAAGACCCCGAAGAAGGCCAAGAAGCCGGCUGCAGCUGCAGGGGCCAAGAAAGCAAAGAGCCCGAAAAAGGCUAAGGCCGCCAAGCCCAAGAAGGCGCCCAAGAGCCCCGCCAAGGCCAAAGCUGUGAAGCCCAAGGCGGCCAAGCCUAAGGCUGCUAAGCCCAAAACAGCUAAGCCCAAGAAGGCGCCCGCCAAGAAGAAUUCGUUAUUUUCGCAGGUGUUUGUGAUUGCAGUGGUCAUUAGUAUUAUCAUGCCUGAGCCCGCGAAGUCGGCCCCGGUCCCGAAAAAGGGCUCCAAGAAGGCGGUGACCAAGGCGCAGAAGAAGGACGGCAAGAAGCGCAAGCGCAGCCGCAAGGAGAGCUACUCGGUCUACGUGUACAAGGUGCUCAAGCAGGUGCACCCCGACACCGGCAUCUCGUCCAAGGCCAUGGGCAUCAUGAACUCGUUCGUCAACGACAUCUUCGAGCGCAUCGCCGGCGAGGCCUCGCGCCUGGCGCACUACAACAAGCGCUCCACCAUCACGUCGCGCGAGAUCCAGACGGCCGUGCGCCUGCUGCUGCCUGGUGAGCUGGCCAAGCACGCCGUGUCCGAGGGCACCAAGGCCGUCACCAAGUACACCAGCUCCAAGUGAGCUUCCAAGGGAGAGAUACGAAUGCAGAGAAGAAAUGAAUGCAUAAAGUGACUGAAAAUAUCAAUCUGUAUAUAGAAGUUAUGAAGUAUGAAAAUUCUGAUCUGCCUAAGAAUGAUUGACUAGUGUGUAUAUUUCACCCAAACUCAACCUGUCCUGCUUUGCUGCACUUUGAUCCAUCAAAAGAGCAUAACCUGAGUGGAACAUAUUAAACAGUUUUAGCUUAUUUGUUUUCUUGUCUAAGUUAUAAAAAUAGAAUUUAAUUCUGUUUCAGGCCUACUUAUUUACCAUAGACUACUUUUGCUAGGAAAAGUCUGAAUUAGAUGCUGGAGGUCUGUAAAUGAAAUAUUAUGAUUAAUAAAAUCUGGAAAAUUGGAA